UUAUUGCCAGUAUAGUAUGGUAAAGUGAAACUACUUGCCACCAUUGUUUCCGCUUAUCAAUGCGUUUAACCCCACGCUGUGCAAUUUCUUCGAAAACGAUAUGCAAAUAAGUUUAAAGUUGCGUCAUAUGUAAACAUUUGACAUGUCGUGAACAGUAUAAGCUCUUCUUUAAUUUACCAAACACGGCAAAACAGUAUGGACAACUUUACUGGCAUACCACAUAUCUACAGCCCUUUGUUGUAUGUCUUCGAAGGUGAGUUAAUACGCAUUGGCCGGUUUAUCAAGGAAGUUUUGCAGAAGGUCAAUGUUUUUACCGGCUAUGGUGAGUUAUAUGGCUUAUAUACACACAGUCAUGGCGCUGUUGUGCAUGUUACGACAUUGAAAAACCUCAACCAAAGGCAAUUACAAGACGCCAUGUGUAGUAGUAUAAAAGCAACAGAAAACGAGUAUAGUUUAAGCUUGAUUGGCGAAUGGCUUACUGUCCAAAAUCUAAACAUCUCAGUCCGAGAACUUUUGCGGAAGAAAGCUAACACAUUAAACGGAAGUGAAACAUAUUUUUGCUUGGUUGUUGAAAAAGUGCAAAUCAAAUUCAAUUCCGAAGACAUUAGUAAAUUUACCCAAGUAUUUUAUCUGACAAAAGGCAAAAUUUACAAGAUGGAUAUGAAGAUUUUACGUCAACGUGAAAGCCCGUUUCGACUCGAUGUCGAUUUUACUGACAAGAUUUCAUUAGCCGGUUAUAUUGGUAACUUAGGUGAAAUAAAUAAUGGUGUUGAAAAUGAAGAGUUCUUUUUAAACGGACUUGAAAAUAUUGGCACUGAAUUAAAAGAAAUGUCGUCUGCAAAAUCGAAAGUGGAUACUGCGCCAUUGAAUUCUGAGAAUCCACUUAACCGUAACGAGAACGGACUUCCGGUAUUAGAAAAUGAAAGCGGCAAUGAAGACAGCGAAGAUAAAACUGUUCUGAAAGCUGAUCCAGUUUUGCCAACGAAAGCAACCUCGAUUGAAGCAAACUGUAUUGGAGUGAAGGGAAAUACAAAGGAGUUAGGUGGUGAACUCGAAGCUCGAGACAGAGCCGGACAAAAGGAAGUACCUGUAGAACAUUCGACGAGAGAUGAUAACACUUGGGUGGACAUUAAGUCGAGUGAUGUUCUGAACGCUGAACCACAUUCGCCAACGAAAGAAGCUCCGAUUCAAGCCGUAUUUGUAGGAGAAGAAAAGAACAAUAUUGAUCACAAAGAAGCUGUCAGUGUAGAAAAUGACAAAAAGGAAGGUGGGAACAUUAAGGUGGCGGAUAGCCAAGUCGCGAAUGAAGAAGAUUUGUCACGUGAAGAAGAUUCUCCAAACACAGUUUUACCAGACGUUUUGAGGAAGACUGUGGCGACUAAGGAUGGAACUGAUGGUCUCACGGAAGGACAAGAAGAAAUGAAUCAUUCACCAGCAGAACAUGCCAGUUUAACAGAAGUCGAGGGGAAUACAACUAAGAACGAUGGUGAACUUGGAAAUACUGAUCAAGAAGAAAUGGCCGAUUCUGAAGGUUCGAUACCUGUAGAAAAUUUAACAGCAAGCGAUGAUAAGAUUGAAAAUGGAAACAAUAUCAUCCACAGUGGACCUCAAGAAUCCGGAAAAAAUGAAAUGGGAGAGAGUGAAAGCACCAUGGCGGGAGAUGGUGAAGUAGUGAAUGAAGAAGAUUUGCCAAGUGAGGAGGAUUUUGCAACCACAGUUUCGCCAGAUGAAGAGAGAAAGAUAACGGUGAAUGACGGUGAGAUUGAUCGAGUUGCAGAAGAACAAGAAGGAAUGAAUUGUGCAGCUGAAGCGAACUCCACAGGAAAAGAUAAAAUUGAAAAUGGGGACGAUGUCGGUCGCGAAGCAGAGAAAUUUCAAGACAUUGAAAACGGUGGAUGUUAUGACAAGAAGUCGGGUGAGUUCGAGAGAGUGACAGCUGAAAAUGAAACGAAAAUUGAACACAAUGGAAAUUCUGUGACAGAAAAUGAAAACAAAGAUGGAGAAGAUAGCAAGUCUCAAGAAACUGAAAAUGGUAAAAGUGAUGAAUUUAGUGACAUGGGAACACCUGAAAACAGUUUGUCAACAAAGGAACCUUCCAAUGAUCACGACAAACUCGAUAAUGAACAGCAGAAUAAUAGUUCUUUAUCAAAUGAGGAAGAAAAUUUGUCACAAGAAGAAGCUUUAGAUGACACUUCAGUUGAUAACAAGACAAGCAAAACUGAACAUGUUGUUGAGAAGAAACAGUUUGAACAGUAUAAUUUCACUUCUGAGGGUCACGACAGCUCGAGCGUUCCAUUCGUGGAAAAUCGGUUCGAACACAGUGAAAAGAAUAAUGGGACUAGUCAUUUAAUGGAAAUUGAACUGGAUUGAGUGUCGUCUGUUGAAGAGAGACUUUCUUAUCAGGAACAUGUUUAACAAAAACUGUUUGAGAGGCCUGAUCUCAUUAACUCUUCAAUAAUUCUCAACAAGUACAGUACAGUACAGUACAGUACAGUACUGUAAUAUAAUUCAUAAUUUUAAUAAUAACACUAUAACAAAGUCAAUUCAAAAGUUGGAAAUCAUACAGUAUUUUAGGUGUUGAAUUUAAAGCUUUACCAGAACUACCAGCGACUAAUUUUAGGGAUACGUUGUUGGACGAAUCACAGUAGUAAUAAUAAUAACUUUAUUCAUAUAGAGAGUGACAGGUAACAGUCCUAAGAGACUGAUAAACUACUGACCCUCAAUGAAUCAGUGAGGCGAUUAAAAAUAUGAAAUAUAUCCAGAACGGUUUUAGUCAUAUCAAGAGUGAGAGAUUUCCUUUUUCAUUCUAUGCACAAGUCUUGUAUUUAUUUUAGUACACUGUAGAAAUUCAGUGUGUGACCACAAUGAUGUCAUUAAUUAAAGGUUGAUAUACCAA